AUGAUUAUUAUUAAAAAAACAAUUUUUUAUUUUUUUAUAAUUAUUUCAGACUAUAUUAAAUGUGAUUUACCUGUACAUUGUUUAAAGCACUAAAUAAUAGGUUAAUGGAAGCUUUAACUAGAAAAUCUAUAUUAUACAACAACUUAAUAUAUAAAAUGUGGUCAUAGUUAACCAGACACAAUUUAUAAUUCAUAUAAAUCAUAUUUAAAUAUUUUUAAAGUAAUUUUGAAAUUUAAAAGAACAUAAUCUUAAAUAACUAAAAACAUUAAUAAACUAUAUUAAAAAAAAUUAAAGGGAAAUUGGAGUGUUCUAUAUGAUUAAGGAAUAAUAAUAUAAAUAAACAAAAUUUAAUAUUUUACAUAUUUUAAAUACUAUCCAAACGAAAACUUCUAAAAAGAAAUCCAAAACGAAUUUGAUUUUGAGGAAAUACACAAUUUCGAAAACUACAAUUAUGAUUGUACAGAAACAUUAAUAGGUUGGUACACAAAAGAACACUAAAAAGGUUGUUUUAAGGCAAUAAAAAUAAAUCCUAAUGAAAAAGACAAAAGCAUUUCUAAUGGACAUCAAAAUAAGGUUGUUUAGCCUGAUGAGGAUAUAUUAUAUGAAUAAAUAUAAAAAUAAGAAGAUAAAUUAUAUGAAUAAAUAUAAAAAUAAGACAAUAAAUUAUAUGAGUAAAUAUAAAAAUAAGAAGAUAAAUUAUAUGAAUAAGUAACCGAGUUAAACUAAAAAAAUAAAACCUGGGAAGCUGGGAUAAACACAAUUAUGCCAAAUAAAAAUACUUAAUAGAGAAAAAAAGGAAAAAAAAAAUAUAAGUAUUUCUCAUUAUAAGAUUUAUCUGAUUUACCAAAAGAAUUCUCCCUUAAAGAGUAUUUAGACGAGCCUUCAAGUUAGAAAUAAUGCGGAAGUUGUUAUGUGAUUGCGACUGUAAAUAUGCUAAAUGCACGUUUGAGAAUUAAAUAUGGGAAACAUAUUAAUGAUAAAAUCUCUAUGUAACAUAUUUUAGACUGCUCUUUUUUUUCUUAGGGAUGCUAAGGGGGGUAUGUAUAUUAAAUUGGCAAAUUCGGAUAUGAUUAUUUCCUUAUUUCGGAAGAAGAAAUGCCUUAUUAAGUACUUUUUUUAUUUUUAAACUAAAAAAAAUUUAAUUUUUUUUUUAAAGGAUACAUAAAAAGGAUAUUUGUAGGAGGAGGAUAUGGAAAAUGUAAUGAAAGAGAAAUGAUGAUUGAAAUAAUGAAAAAUGGGCCUAUAGUUGCUAGUAUUAAUCCUGAUUAUUAAUUUAUGUAUUACAAAAGUGGAGUUUAUCAUUCAGUUGAAGCUGCAGAAUGGAUUCUAAAUGGAUAAAAUGCGCCAGAAUGGAGAAAUGUAGAACAUGCAGCUUUAUGUUAUGGAUGGGGAGAAUCUGAAAAAGACGGAAAAUAUUGGCUAAUGUAAAAUUCUUGGGGAAAAGAAUGGGGAGAAAACGGUUUUUUUAAAAUAAGAAGAGGAACUGAUGAGUCUAGUGUAGAAUCAGUAGCUGAAUAUGCAAACGCUGAAAUAAUUUAUUUAAAAAAAAAAUAAAAAAAAUAAAAAAAUGAAAAAUUACUAUGA